CCCUCUCUCUCUCUCUCUGUCUCUGUCCCAUCCAUUAGUCCUCAUAAAAAAACCCAUUCUCUCUCCCUCUCCACACCUCUCUUCAUCUCUCUCACUCUCUGAUACCCACUUUAAUUUUGGAUAAGGAUAAUGGGCACACCAUUGCCUGAAAAGUUCAGUAGCACCAAGAGGAAAAGGGCUAUCAAAGAGCUAGUUAAUGGCCGUAAAUUUGCAACUCAACUUCAAGUUUUACUUGAAAAACCCCAUGGAGAUCAUGGGUAUGUUUCAUCAGCUGAAGAACUUGCCGAGAAAAUCUUGACAUCUUUUACAGAGACCCUAUCUGUGUUGAAUUCUUGUGACGGUGAUCUAGUUCAGAUUCACCCAACUGCCCAUGUGGGUUCUACUUGUUACAGUGAUGGAGCUUCUCAAGAUUGCGGCGAUAGUCGGACCAACCCCGCCGCAAAGGAUCGAAGAGGUUCUUACAAGAGAAGAAAGACUUCAGACUCAUGGAUAAUCGUCUCCCACACAAUGGAAGACAGCAAUGCAUGGAGGAAAUAUGGACAAAAGGAGAUCCUCAAUGCCAAAUAUCCAAGGUGUUACUUUAGGUGCACACACAAGCAUGAUCAAGGCUGUCGAGCCACUAAACAAGUUCAAAGGACAGAAGAGGACCCUAUGAAGUAUCAAACCACAUACUUUGGUCAUCAUACCUGUAAAGCAAGAUUGAAGGGUCCACAACUAAUCUUUUCGGAUCCGGAUCCUCCUGCAGAAUCGUAUUUGCUUAAUUUUGAAUCAAAUAAUAUUCCAAGCAACAAACAGAAUCAUCCCUCCUUGAAAGAAGAAUCUAAGGAAGAUACACAUAGUGAGCUCUCCGACAACGUAUCAUCGAUGGAUUCAAUUUGGUGGCCAGAUCUAAUGGCCUUGGAAUCAUCCAGACUUGGGAUGAUGUUGGGUCCGAAAAUGGGAUCCGAUUAUGAAGAUAUGGGUUCUAGUGUUUAUUCGAAUGCAGUAUCGGCUAGUUCUCAUGGUUUGGAGAUUGAUACUUUGAUCAACACUGUUGAUUUUGACAAUGAGUUUCAGCUUGAUGAGAUUGAGUUUCUUUAGGUUCCCCAGUGAAGAGAAUUUUCAUUAAAAUAAUGUGAUGUAAUGUAAUGUAAUUUCAGCUUUGUACUUUCCCAGAUGAUUAUGUUCAUUGGUAUAACCAUAUGCUUUUAGGACUCCUAUCAGAAAUCUUUGCCUCUUUUGUAACUUUUGCCCACCAGAUGGAUGGGAUUAGGGAAUUGAGGCAAAGCUACAAGCAGACUGGAAGAGUCAUCUGGAAGCCUAAGGGUUAGAUCAUGUAAUAAUAGUAAUAAUAGAAACGAG